GGCGCGAGUAUUUUCCCGCGGGCAGCAGCGAGCGAGCGAGGGAGCGUUGGUUUGGCGAUAGAGCGCGCGCGGGGCCGGCGGACGGACGGACGAACGAACCAGCGGCAGAGCGCGCGUGUCUGCGGUGGAGGAGGCCUCGACUCGACCCGUCUCCGCUCCGCACCCGGCGAUGUGUGUGUAGAGGCGGCUGUCCGUCCGUAUUCUGAGCACCAGAAUGAUGGCUGCUGCUUACCCAGCAGCUUCUGGUUUGCUACCGCUGUUGGAGACAUUGGAAGAUCCAUCUGUAUCAUCAACAGAACAAGUGGAUGCCUACCUUACUAUUUCCAGUCGUCUUAGUGGCGAAGAUGGAAAGGAAUUUGCUGGUGCAGUUAACAAACAAUUUACCCGGCUCUGUGAAGUACUCAAAGGUCAUCUUUCCAACUUGGAUUUGGAAUUAUGUAAUGCGGCACUACAGGCCUUGGGAUUCUGUGCCUUUCACAGUAAUAUUAGUGCUGCGUUGCCAGCACCUGAAGUUAAACAGUUGCUAUUGACACUCUGUAAUAUUGCAAUCACCUCAACCGAUAAGAAUACCUGUACAAGAGCCCUUUGGGUAAUGGCUAAGCAGAACUUUAGUCCGGAUGUAGUUGGGAAAGAGGUUCCAAAUAUACUUGCAUCAGUGGAAACAAUAUUGACUAGAGACCAACCCUCUGUGGUGGUUGAACAUGAAGCACUAAAUCUCAUUGUGAGGCUGUUGGAGCAGACACCUGAUCAAAUGGGACAAGAUGCUGUUCGAUGGGCCAAGCUAUUACUUCCUCUUGUAGUUCAUUCUGCCCCUAAAGUGCGGUUGCGGGCAGCAACAGCACUAGAAAUGGGACUACCACUUCUGCUCCAAAAGCAGCAAGAAGUGGUUGGCGUAACUGAGCCUUUAAUAAUGGCAAAACUUAUUCCAGAGCUGCAGAAACUCUUUGCGUCGAAAAAUGAAACCUUUGUGCUGAAGUUGUGGCCCCUCUUUGUGAAGCUUUUGGGAAAGUCGUUACAUCGUGGAGGAAGUUUUAUUAAUUCUGUCUUGCAUUUGGAGGAGUUGGGCUUCCGUAGUAGCUCUCCAGUAGUGAAGAAAAUAGCUUUCAUUGCUUGGAAAAGCUUGAUUGAUAAUUUUGCUUUGAAUCCUGAUAUCCUUUGCAGUGUAAAAAGACUCCGCUUGCUCAUGCAGCCAUUGAGUUCUAUUCAUGUUAGAACAGAGAUUCUAGGCCUUGCCAAGCUGGAGGUUUGGUGGUACUUGGCUUUACGGCUGGGCCCACAACUUUCUGCUAACUUUGAACAGGUAUGUGUCCCAUUGCUACAAAAUGUUUUUGGUGCUGAUGGAACGACACAUGUAACAGGAAUAUCUUGUAGAACUUCAAUCAAUACACCUACAACCCCAGCCUCUGCACAGAAACCAGCCUUUCCUUCACCAAGUCCUACAAUAUUAAGGAUGCAAUUGAAGUCCAGCAACUCUGCAGUGCCAAUAAUACAAGCCAUGCAACUGGUGGGAGUUGAAAUAUUACUUCACUUCCUUAUGGGUCCUGCAGUGACAGACCUAGUUAAACAGAACAAAAUUCAACUCAGCCUAGACCCUCUGCAGCAUCCGUUGAUUAACAGCCCUUCGUUCUUUUGCAAGCAUGCUGGCAUUCUGAUCAAUGCAGUUAAAGAUGCAUUCAUUUCUGUUGGCAAAUUGGGUGAAGAUUUUAUGCUUGACCUUAUCUGGGAGCAUCUGAUCAAUUAUGUGAAAAAUGCUAUUGAGUCAGGCUUAAAGAAGGAACGGCAAAUCUCUGAGAUGUUGACGCUAUUACUACAAGCAUUGCAACAGAUGGUCAAUUCAGAUGCUAUCACCGCAUACAAAGCCUUAGGUUUUUUGGAGGCAACCGUCAAAGGGCUCCCUCAAAAAGUCUUGGGAUCACCAGCAUACCAGGUUGCCAACAUGGACAUUCUGAAUGGCACUCCAGCACUCUUCCUAAUCACUUUGCUCUUUCACAACAAUUUAGUGGAAUGUUGUGUAGUUGAAGAAAGGUUUUUCACGAUUCUUGAGACUCUCGUUGAUUAUGGGUUGUCUGGCCCUACAUGCUCACUGGCAUUUAGUGAGUCCGUUUUAAAUGUUGUUAACCAGUCUGCAGCACUGGUAGAAAACAAAGAGCACCUUUGGCGGAUGUGGAGCAUUGUUGUUAAUCCGUUGACUGAACGGGUCAUCCAGACAAAUGAAGUAAACCAAGGAGAUGCGCUAGAGCAUGAUUUCCGUGCUAUGUACAUUGCAUUGACACUACCAAUCAAUCACUUGUUUACCAAGCAGAAUCUUCCACAGUCUACAGUGAAGUCAGUGCUGAAAGCAUGGGCUGAGUUGUAUAAAACAUUUGCAUGUUGUGCAGCUCUGGUGGCAACAGCCGAAGCCAAUGUAUGUUGCGAGGAGCUAAGUAUCAAAAUCCUGGCGAUAUUGGAUGAUGCCUCUUUAUCUAACUUAUCCAUGUUGGAGGUAAUUGUUCAUAUUUUAGGUGUGAUGGCUGAGUGUGUUGACUUUUCCCAGUUCUCCCAGUUUCAACUAAAAGCCAACACACCACAAACUCCUACCCACUGGUUAAAGAAGAAACACGAGCCAUUAGGAAAUCUUACUUCAUUGCUUAAGCUUCUAGCAAAAAUCACAGAUGCUUUUCAUGAGCUAAGUUCCAAGGAAUCUCAAUUUGAAAUGCCAGCUUCUGGAAUGGUAUCCAUCGGAGGUGGAAUUGUUGGCAUUCUCUCCAGUAUCUUCACUCACUUGUCUAUGGCAUCAGCAAUUCAAGCAGUGUUUACCAACUUGGCCGACUCCAUAUCCAUCUUCUAUGAAAGAACAUCAAAUCCAGUUAAUGGUGCUUCAAAGGUGUACAGCACCCAUCUGUGCAAUAAGCUGGAGAGGUUGCAUGCAGAUAUUCUUCUUUGUUUGCAGUCCCGUUACAAUUCUGCCUAUGACAGCAUCUUGCUAGAACAAUUAUCUUCACUACUCAGCAGUACGUUCCUACACAAGAACCGGCAGAUCAGAAAACAAACUGCGCAAUUUUGGAAUGCUACUUUUGCCAAAGCCACAACGCUAAUCUACCCACAGAAAAUGAAGCCAAUAUUAACUCGGGUCAAGCAGAAAACUCCCAUAAUCUUGCCUGGUUUUGUGGCAUUGGAGUUGACGGAAGAGUCUAGUGGUCCUUACUCAGAUUUGUCAGAAAGUUCCCAGUUAGAUGCUAAAGUCAGUGGUGUGGAAGUUAAUGCUAUUGGGAAAAGAGAAUCAUUGUUAUCUAAAGCUGACAAAUUAGAAGAGAAGACCCCUCUUCAAGCUACAGUAAAAUUGAAACUGGAUUUUUCUUCAAAAGCACCACGCUGCAAAUUACUUCUUGAUGAGGAGCAAACAUUGGACUUUGUGUUUAUUCCUCCCGAACCAAAGCAAAGAAUACUGACUGAGCAUCAGAAAGAGGUGUUGCAGACAAAGAGGACUGACAUUCCCGCAAUGUACAAUAACUUGGAUGCGUCUCAGGAUUCCCACUUGUUUUCCCAGUAUGCGCAAUCUCAGGAAGGAAGUUUAGAAAAACCGGCAAAAGACGCUGAGGAAAUGGACGCAACUGAUAAAAAACAGCUGAGUGAAACGAUGGCAGCAAAGAGCGAAGUGGUUGACUCAUUUACAACAGAAGCAGGCAUUGAAAGCAAAUUGCUUGAUCGAGAAAUGAUGCUGGAUUACGCUGAUCAGGAAAAAAUUGGAACUCCAAUCACUCCAGAUUCUAAAGCUUCCGAUUGCAACGACAAACCAGAGGAAGCAAAGGAUGCUGUCACUGACUCCCCAUCAAGUUGUAUCGACGCUGCUGCUGAAUCAGUCAGCAAAGCAGAUGUCAGUGGCAGUUCCACAUCAUCCGAUGUUGUUUCUGGGACGCCACAAAAAACCAGUAGCCGUCGGCAGUCAUUUAUUACUUUGGAGAAGUUUGAUCCGUCCACCUCGUGCUCCUUCAGUCAAUCGCCUAUAAGUAAAUUUACACAAGCAGCCACUGAAGCUCUUAUCCCUCUGCAGAACAAAGCAAUGGCGGUGGAAGAAGUACCACAACGUGAAACCGAUACGGUUUCCCAGGAGGUCUGUUUGAACACUUCAAUCGCAGGGAGUAGACGAAGUAGACGCAAGGAGAGUAAAACUGAGCAGUUGAUCUUAGAAAAGCCAACCAAACGCCCCAGGACUUCCAAAAAUAUUAAGUGUUCUGUAGAUGAGCCAUCUGAUGCAAAAGAAGGUUCUUUAACGUGUAACACAAAUCCUGCUAAGGAGAAUGAAAAUGAUCUACGUGAAGUUGACUGCAGCCAAAAUUCCGAGAGUCGGUCAGAUAGCAAACAGCCAGUAGAUGUCGGGGAGAGAGGUUUGUUUUCUACUGUUGGCACAAAAGAGAAAUCAUCAUCAGAAAGUCCUACAUCUCUUCAAGAUGAGAGUGAUGAACAAAAUUCAAAAACACUACCAAAUAAAACACUACGGCGUUCUUCUAGAAAUAAUUUAGAAGUGAAUGUGUCUGAUCAGACUAACAAAAAGGCAAAAAAUGAGCGUGGCAAAUUCCAGAGAAGAUCGCAGAACCAGGGAGUGAAGUUUCUUCAGAAUGAGUCUUCUCAGAAUGAAGUGUCUAAGGAGAAAGAAAACAAUUCUAGAACUUCAUCCGACAACUCAGAAACUAAAAAGAUUUCCGGUAUGAAAACUGAUACCCAAGAACCUGCGAUCAAAUGGCGUUCUCACUACCACACUCGUAGAUCAUCCCAAGGCUUAUCUGAUGCAGAAAACAGUUGCACUAUGACUGCAACUGAGAGUUCUGAAGACAGCUCUAAACUUCCGAGUGGGAGAAAGAAAAGCAGAACAUCUAAGGGGAAAACAAAGAGGACAGAACUGACCCCUGAGGGGCGCAAGGCUCAAAUGGUAAAGGAACAUGAAGCAACAGUGGACAACAGUCAGCUGUGCUCCGAAAAUGAAUCUGGUGAGGUUAAACUUUUGAAGCAAGAUAAAGAAAAAGAGAUGGGAAAUCAAGAAGAGGGUGCUGUAGAAGCAGAAAUUAAAGAUGUAAGUGAAGUAAAUCCUACCACACAGCUACUUGUGGAGGCUCAGACUGUUGAAGAGUCAAAUGUAGAAACGGGCCCCAAAAUGCACACAAUAGUAUCUGUUGAGAGCGAACAUCCUGAAACUACUGAAAAUGUGAAAAUGGAAACUAUGUUAGAAGAGAGUACAUUUGAGGAAGCCUGCACUAGCGUUGGUGUUGAAUCCUUGCCUUUUGAGGGAGAGAUUUCAACUGCUGAAACACCAGCUGUUGACUGCUCAAACGAUCCACACGUGCAACAUACAGUCAAAAAGAAUGAGAAAAUUAAGAAGUCCCAUGUGAGAAGUAAAAGGGCCCGGAAAACUAAAAGCUGUGAUUGCUGCCAGAACCCUUUGCAAAAGCAUAGGAAAUCACCAGCAAAAAGUGAAGAGGAUACUGCCAUGCCAGAUUUACAUUCUGAUGACCAGAGAGGGCAUGAUUCGCACCAGAGUUUUUCGGUAUCUUCUGAAGAGAAGUUAUCUGAAAGUCCCAAGUUGAAUAACACAGGAAAUGAUGAAACUGGGCCUUGUGCAUUCAGUACGCCCUUAACUGAGAGCAGCAAAAUACAUCCUUUUGGUCCGUCUUUUAGUACUGUUGCUUCAGAAGUGGAUUCGACUGAAGAAAAGUGCCUCUUAGCAGUCAUUGAAACUUCAACAGAGCAGAAAAUUGGGGCACUUUCAGCAGAGCAGGAAAUAGAAGAAACUUUGGAUUCUGGAAAGAGUGAGCAAGUGGAAUUGAAGGCAGGAGCUGAGGCAGAUGAUACUUCAAAAGUACCAAUAACAGAAGAACCAGUACUAGAAGAAACAACGACGCACAAUGCUGAUGAGCCAACUGCUUCAUUGAGUGAACAAGUAAUAAAUGAAGAAACCCAUGGUGAUAUCUGUGAAUUAGACCAGAAUCAAAUGAGUAUCGAAGGUGUUUCUUUAGCUCCUGAGAAAGUGACUAAUGUACUGGCAGGACCAGAUGAGAUUGGAAAGGCAACAGUCUCAGACGGAGAGCUUGUGCAAGAUGAACUAGAAACUGCAGUGCUACUCAAAGCCGCGGAGCCUGAUGAAAAUGAAAAGCCGCCACCUGAGGUGGAAGAAACAGCAAAAACUGGUCUCUCCAAACCUGUGAUACCAGACAGUAAUGCAGCUGAACCUGCGGGUGAGCAGCUCAUGGAAUCGCCACAGAAGAUCAAAAAUGAUAGCACGUGGCUGAUGGGACCCGUCCUACACAGUCCUUCAGGGGUGCAGGGAUCUUGCGUCUGGUCACCUACAGCCUCGCCUUCUACAAGUAUUCUUAAGAAAGUAAUGAAACGGCCACCUGAGAAUGACUCUCCUUCACCAGUGAAUAAGAUCCGUCGAGUUUCAUUUGCAGAUCCAAUUCGUCGGGAAGGUUUAGCAGAUGACAUUGAUCGCCGCAGCCCGGUGGUGAGAUCCCAUUCUGCAGGAAAUUCCCCUGGGUUAAAUCAUUCAAUCUCAAAUGGUUGUAAUCGAUCUAGUGUUCAAUCCAAGUACAACACUACUCCAACCAAAGGGUUCCUGAGUCCAAGUGCUCGUAGUUAUGGCUAUAAAAGUUCAAAGAAAUGUUUGAUCUCCGAGAUGAGCAAAGAGUCUGUGACAUCAUCCUCUGCCCGUGUGUAUCCUGCUCUGGUCAGCUGCUCUUCACCAGUGGAGACCAUUCUACCUCAGCUUGCCUCUAACAUGUGGGCACGAGGUUUGGGCCAACUUGUAAGAGCUAAAAAUAUCAAGACCAUCGGUGAUCUGAGCUCACUCACAGUGGGUGAAAUUAAGUUGCUUCCAAUCCGUUCUCCAAAGGUCUUUGUAGUAAGAAAAGCGCUCAAAGCGUUUUAUGACCAGCAGAGGAAAUCUCUUGGUUUAGAUGAAGACAAUGUAUUUGAAGGUGAAAAAUUGCUAAAUGGAAUGGAGAAUGCCAUUUGCUCUAAUGUUGAUGAUGAAAAGCUGGCAACAGAUUUAAUUGAGACUGCUCCACCUGUCACUCCUCUGGUUUCUGACGUUAAUGCCCUCUCUGCACGCUUUUUCUCCGAGGACUUAAAUGAGCAAUCAGGGAGUCAACUCUUCACAAUGCACCAGCAGCUGAGCGGCAUGAUGGAUUGCAUCAUGAUAAACCUGCAGAAUCGCUGGAGGUCCCCACCACAUGAAGCUGCAGAUUGAUCAUAUCAAGAUGUAUAAACUGGCAAAAUUCAUCUGUAACAAUGGAGGAUAUUGAGCUGUCAUUCCCCAUCCCCAAUCCUAAAACAAGCUACACUUUAUUUGUUCAUUAUUUGCCACAUACUUUCGUACCAGCAGUCGGGUAAAUGUUGGCCUUAUAAUUAUGUUUGGGUGUAUCCUGCUGCUCUUUGUCUCCAUUUUAUGGAUUGUGACCUUGUAUGCUAGUCUUGUCUGCUAUUCAUCCCACUUUGGGGAUAUCCUGGUAAAAGUGGCCCUGGUCAGUGGGAGUGACAAAGCAACACCUUCCCUGCAGCAGCUUUUCCUUUUGACUGGCUGGUUUCAACAAGAGAAUGGAGGGAAAAUUUGAAGGGGAUAUUGCUCAAAGGAGCUGAGAAGUUGCCGGAUUCAAAAUGCUGACUUGGUCUCAUUUUGAUUGACUACUUUAUAGAAAGCCAAACCAAACACAAGUUGGUGAUAGUGGCAGAACAUCAGUGGUGAAAAAUGGAUAGAAUGGUCUUAAAAACAGUUGGGUAGAAUAAUAUAUAUUGAAAGGACCACAAGGAGCUUUCAAUGAGAAUCUCAUUGACAUUAUGUACAUUGGGAUAAUCUUUUUUUGAAAAUUGUAUUAAUGUUCUGCAAGGAAAAUAAUUUUAUGAUGUUAAAUUAUAUUGUACCAAUGGAUGUAUGGGUUGUUUGUAAGUAGAAUACAGCAGUUAAAUCUUGCUGAUGUUUUUGCAUCCCUGGCCAUUACUUGACUUUUGUAGUAAUGUCUUUAUGCCAGAGGAAUGGAAUCUGAGCUGCACCUUUUUAAAAUUAUAUAUAUUUUAAACUUGUGCUUAAGCUCAUCGUAUACUCUUGUACAAAUAAAAAUAAUUUCAAUUUAUAUUGCUAUUAAUAUUUUGAAUUUUUGCUUUCAAGGAUCACUUUCUUGUAAACAAUGUCGGUCUUGAUUGAAGUAUUAAAGUUGAGAUACAAUGAGGAAGGAAUGGUUGGCUGCAUUGAGGCAGCAUUUACACUCUAGUAGAGAACCCAUUAAAACAGUAGUGUCGGAAAGAACUGCAACGUACUGGAGUAACACAGCAGGUCAGGCAACAUAUCUGGACAAAAAUGGUGGGUGACUCAGUUUCGAGUCUGAUCCCUUCAUCAGACUACUUUGGAGUCUCAAGAAGGGUUCUGACCCAAAACAUCACACGUCCUUAAAACAGAUUAGUGGCUAUGAAGAAAUCUCUUCAUUGGUAGAUUGUGGUUCUGAUUAUUGAAGGCUAAUUGUCCUUCAACUAAUUUUUGUAAGCUCAGCUACUUGCAGAUCUAACAUUAUGAGGAUAGACAUGGUUGAAUAUUUUGCAGUGAAUGUGUUUCUCCAAACCACCAUCCUCUUACACUAUUUAUUGGAUGCAAUCAGGAAUAUAAUUGAAUAAUUGUCUGGGUUGGUUAAUUUACUACAGUGCUAAUGUACAGUUUGACUGCAAUACACAAGGUCCACACAAUGUCUGCUAUAAUUUUCACAGUUCUUCCAAACCAUAAACGAGAAAUAAUACAGGUGCAUACAACUUUAGUCCAAAUUGAAGGUAGUGAAUGGAGAAACCAAAUCAUAACCCAUCCCUGGGCAAAACAUUAAAUUAUUUUUAGUGACAAUCUGAGGAGUUUGUUCACUAUUACUGUAGUUCAAAAGCUUAAUUGUUACCUGGGCCAUCACAUUGGUGCAGCAGUAGGGUUGCUACCUUACAGCGAAUGCAGCACCGGAGACCCGGGUUUGAUCCCGACUAUGGGUGGUGCUUGUACGGAGUUUGUACGUUCUCCCCAUGACCUGUGUGGGUUUUCUCAGAUAUCUUCACUUUCCGCCCACACUCCAAAGACGUACAGGUUUGUAGGUUAAUUGGCUUGGUAAAUGUAAAAAUUGUCCCUAGUGAGUGUAGGAUUGUGUUAAUGUGCGGCGAUCGUUGGUCGGUGUGGAUCUGGCGGGCCAAAGGGUCUGUUUCCGCGCUGUAUCUCUAAACUAAACAUGUAUGUAUCGAUGAUUUGUUUUCCUCUGUCUUAGGAUUCAACACUCUAUGCUUCAGAAAGUGGUGCAUAAAGUAGCUUAUCUUGACCAUGUGGCAUUGAGAACUUCAAGAAAAACACAAGAAAUUGAGUAGAUAUGUGACAUUGCUUUAAGCUAAAAUCAGUUCAAACUUAUGAACAUUUUUUUCUGAAAUUUGUUGGGAAAGGUUCCUGUUACGUCAAAGUGACUGGUUUGCAGGACCAUACUGUAUAAUUUAGUGUUUUUGUUUACAACUGCACUUUUGGAAAUCUUGCCUUUUAAGUGAACUGUUGUGUUGGAGCUCUGUCUUUGAGUAGAUUUAAAAGAUCUUAUUACUUGAAGUGUGGGCAAUUCUUGGGCUUUGUCCAAUGUACCUCCUUUUAAAAAUAAAAGCAUGUUUAUGCUGA